CAAAGUGAAUUUAGCCUUCUGCAAUUUCAUACAACCACGGUUUUAGCGUGUGUUGAUAGAAUCAUUGAAGGAAAUUUGAUAUUUCAGCCUCAAGAUCGAGCUGUUUGUUUGCCAUCUGGCAAGCUGGUGGAAUUUUCAAGAUUGGCUCACAUAACCUCAAUAAACAAACUUGGUCGGGCAGUGAAAAUUUUCUGAAAAUCACAAUUUUCUCCACUUUUCUGUGGUUUUCUGCAACUGUGCCUUGGUGUAUCCACAUUCUCUAGUCAUGAGGCGUUGUGUAAUGUAUUUCCCACCCGUAGAUAGUAUAAUUUAGUGAAUUUUGGGAGGAAUCUCAGGACACCUUCUGGCUUUCGUGUUAUUGUGAUUUUCUUCUAAUGCCAGCCACUAAAAUCCGCGGUAAAUCAGCAAUUCUAGUCAAUAGUACACCCACCGCCCAGACGCUGUUGAAGAUCGAAUCGGUGGUGCCGAAAAUUGGCAGCCGUAGCAGCAAAUUGGCAAAAAGGUCACACAGCACUCUGAGUGUGGCUCUGGUGAAGAAGCUCAACGAAUCCCGACGGAAUGUGCAGCUGGCAAAUGGGAGUGAGGAGAAACCACUGUCUAGCUAUGGAGUGUCUUGGAUGCAGACACAGAAUGGUGUGUGCAGGAUCAAGAGAACGGAUCAGGAUAAGCUCAAGCUGCCAGACAGGAUCAAUCUGGACAGGAGGGGGCUCACGAUGAUCCCGUUUAUUGAGAAUGAGCCCAAUUUGCGCCUUCUGUCGCUUCAGCACAAUCUCAUAAAUAUUUUUCACGUGCCUCAUGUCGCUUCCGGCGAGGAGACAAAGGUGGAAGCUCAGCCAGAGACUGAAGUGCCCAAGAUUCAGCCAAGCAAGCCACCACCAGCUCAGCCUCCGCCUCCACCAGCACCGCCAGUUCCCACGAGCGGGCCAUCCACGGGGAAAUUAGUUCCCAGGCAGCAAUUGCAUCUCAGCCAGCGUCCCGUGCGGAGUCUCAUGCCCACGAAUCCCACGCCGCUCAUCAAUUCGAUGAAGAGCACCCUCGGCAUCAGCUACACCAACUCACCAGGCUUCACGUCGCCCAAUUCUGUCACUCCGCUGGUGCAGAAAUCCAUCCUGUUGUCAGUGAACCAGAAGAACAUCCUCAAGAGGUCCAACAGCUUCAUGUCCUCCACACUCACACUGGGCAAGACACUGCCGCCCGAGAAGAUGCCCACAGGAAAGACCCAGACACUCCCGGUCGCCACGGCGGAGCCCACAAGGCCCGGCAGUGCCGUGGCUACAAGUGAGUCUUUUCCGGUGAGCAAGACCAAUAUCCCACCCAUGCCCGAGGGCGUUGACAUGAGCGGCUUCAGCGUGAGUCUGCAGAACCUUGUCUUUCUCGAUCUGUACGACAAUCAAAUAGACAAAAUAGCCAAUCUCGAUGGCCUCAAGAGCCUUACAGUACUGCUGCUGGGGAAGAAUCGUAUCCACGACAUCUCUGGCAUCAUAUCGCUGAAGAACACCCUUCGCGUGCUGGAUCUGCACGGGAACAAAAUCUCCAGCAUUACCCAGAAAAUCUGUCGUCUGCAAGAACUCAAAUCUCUAAACCUGGCCGGGAAUCAGCUUCGCCACAUCAGCGCCAAUGACUUUUCCGGACUUCUGAACCUCAAGGAACUCAAUCUCAAGCGGAAUCGCAUCAAGCGCAUUUCCGGCUUUGACGAUCUCCGCAGUCUGGAGCGCCUGUGGCUGUGCCACAACGAUCUGCAGCGCGUGGAAGAGAUGUCAUGCAUCGCCAAGGCGAUAAAUCUCAAGGAAGUCACCAUUGAGAACAAUCCUGUGUCUCUGGCGGGCGAUUGCGUGUCAUUCCUGGUCAGCUACUUGCCAUGCUUGGUGUCUCUGAGCCAGAUGCAGGUCACUGAGCAGGUGAGACGCGCCGCCAUGGCGUGGAGGAAGAACAAAGAGACCUCCGACUCUAACUACGUCAGCAUCAGCAGUGACGUGGGCCAGAGCAUCAGGCGAGAAGAGGUGAUCUCCAAUGCGAGGACCAAUUGGGAGUUGCUGCGCUCUCAGCAAUCGAAUCUCAAUCGAUUGGCGAAGAAGAGCCACGGAAGCAGCAACGUGACAACCACAAUCCUGGCCGCGAAGGACAAUGAGGUGGAAAGUAACACGAGUGAGAGUGUCUCGUCGAAGAAGCCGUCGCGUCUGAAGACUCCUGCUGGUCAGAAGAGAGAGAAGAAGCACACAAGAUCAUCUUCCCAUGAAAAUUCCAUGUCGACUGUCGAGACAGCUGGCGAAGAGUUCUUCAGAUUGCCACCAAUUCUGGCACCAUUUCUGGACAAUUCCUUUCCCUCUCAGAAGACAUCAUCGGGAUCGAGUUUGGGGCCCAACAUUGAUUCCUGCUCGAGCUAUUUCAGCUCCGAUGACGAUGGUGACACGAAGAAGAAGCCCUCGAAGAAUGUGCAUCGAGAUGUGCGGGAUUUUCCGGAGAAAAUGGAGAAUCCUGAGAAGGAAAUCCUCACGGAGGUGGUAAAGAACAAAGACAACGAAGAUUGUGGGUCAGAGUCUCCAGUUAACAGUGACACGGCACUAAUUGCCACCCCUCAAGUCUCCAAUUCGGCUGGUGAGGAGCAAAUGGUGAAGAGCUCAGAGGUUUCCAGUGUCACAGAAGUGCCUGAGGUGAAAUCCCCACCAGACGAUACAGAGAAGUCCCCAAUAUCUGACGAUGUGAACCAGUCAGACAGCAAAUCAAAUCUCUCGACGACAUCCUUCAAGUCAGACACGUCGGUCGUGACGAAUUCGUCAGAAGAUCAUAGAGUGACGAAACUCAAGAACACAAAUCCGCCCAGGAAGUACUUCCAGGGCACGUCAAUUCGCGCUCAAACGGCCAAGAAUAGCUGUCUCAUGAGCGCCUCCACGGCCUCCGGAACGGGGAGCAAUCUGUCCAGCAAUUCAGCGAAAUCCCACCGGGUGCAGUCGGACAGAGAGCGAGAGCAGGGCGGAGACUAUCUCAUCGAGAUCUGCGGAAGGUAUUUGAACGUCUACGGCGUUGGCGCUCUCAAGUUCAUCGACAAGCAGUGGAAUGUCCAGAAGGCGAACGACGUGCACACAGUCAAGUUCAGCUAUGUUAACUUCAACAGCAUCUCCACGAUCCUCAGCAAGGUGAAGGUGCGCUUCCCGAAUGCUGAGAACUUCAUCUUCCGGGAGACGAACAUCAAUUGCUUGGGGCAGAUCAAUGCUCUAGCGGAGAUUCAGGGCAUCAAUUCGCUCAUCAUCGAUCCCGAGGGCAACGGUAUUUGCACGAAGAGCUGGAGGAGCUACGCCAUCUACCGCCUCUCUCAUUGGGGCCUCAAGCAGAUCAACGGUACAGAUGUCACGCCAGAUGAGGUCUCCAUGGCGGAGUUGGCAUACUCCGGACUCUCAGAUCUCGUGCUCUGGUCGCUGCCGGAGAGUUUGCUGACGCCGCUGCUUACCAGAUUGCGCCUCGACGAGACGUGCUUGGCCAGCAAGAAGAGCGCCAAGGAGUGGCUGAUGCAGGCGGACGCCUCGCUGAAGAGUGUGGUGGGCAAGGAGGCGCUUCAGUGGCGCCGGAACAACACAUCCUUCCAGGAGGAGACGGCCGUGCGCCAGAAGGGCCGCCUCUACUUCUCCAUCAUGAUGGAGAACACCUGCAACGCCGUAGAGAAACUGCACAAGCUGGAGCAAGUGUGGCCAGUGAUGCUGGUCGACAUGAUCAGGGGCACGCUCAUUGACUACUCCCAGAUCGAGAACUACGUGAAGAGCCUCAUGAGUGAGAUUCUCAAGAAUCCAUAAAGUGUCUCACCUAUAGUGCAAUUUUAAUGGUAAAUGCAUCAAGUAUUGUGUUCAAAUUCAUUCUAAAUCACACUGAAUCAAAGA